AUGGCCCAUCAUCGUCCGGACGCGUCGUUCGACGCGCUGCCGGCCCUCUCAGACGCGCUGCGUGUACCGCCGUCAGAGCGCUCAUUCGGACGCCAAUAUGCACAGAUGUACGACUUUCGCCUCGCUGUCCUGCGCAAGCGCGCCAAGGAAGCCGCCAUGGAGCGCCACGCGUCAGCCGCGUACGUCGAUCGACUCCUUGAUAUCCCACCGCGGCAGGUGUGUGUGGUCACCGGUACGUUCUUCUCCGCCCUUCGGCGCAAGCCAGAUGUGCUGCAAGACAUCGCACGCGACCUGUCGCUUCCGCCGCCCCCACCCCGCACGAGUUAUGUCGACACGGAGCACGACGAGCUGUUUUUUGAGGACCAAAGUGGACGCGUGCGUCUCGUUGGCGAGGCCAUUCGACCAGGCUCGGACUUAGCGCACAAGUGCGUCACGGGCGUUGUGGCUAGCAUCGUCGGCAUCGAGACGCCCGAUGGCGACUUGGAGGUGCGCCACGUCUACUUUCCUGGACUGCCCCCGCCGGAUGCCGCUCCUACGACGGUCACGGGCGGCCGCAUCGUCUUGGCCAGUGGCCUUCGUGCAGGUGAGGCUGAUCCGAAGAAUGACCUGGCGCGCGAACUGCUCGUCGAAUGGCUCACGGGCGAAUUGGACGCCUCGUCACGCGAUGAAACCAGACGCAUCUCGAGUCUGGUCCUAGCGGGCGACUCAGUCCAGCGCGCGGCGUGGGAACAUGUGGUGGAUCCCAAGCAUCAGGAGCCGAAUCCGUUUGCAUACAUGGAUCCGCUGCUGGCUCAGUUGUGUGAGUCUCUUCGUGCUGUGGUGGUCAUGCCCGGCGCUCAGGAUCCAUGCAGUGCUGCCUUGCCGCAACAGCCGCUCCUUCGAACGCUCCUUCCCCGCUCCUCCGUGCACGAUACCCUGCAUCUGUGCACCAAUCCUACGUGGUUCAGCGUGCAUGGACGACGCAUUCUCGCGACAAGCGGGCAAAACAUACACGACCUGCUCAAGUAUUUGCCUGAUGAGGCACAGACGACAGACGCAGCACUGAACAUGGCCGCAUCUACGCUCGAAUGGUCACACAUCGCGCCGACGGCGCCAGACACGCUGUGGUGCUACCCAUUCAAAGCCACCGAUGCACUUGUGAUCCGUGCCGCACCUGACCUCUACAUCAUCGGCAACCAGGACGCUUAUGCUACCAAGCUCGUACACAACGUCCGACUCAUCCUUGUCCCAUCAUUCGCACGCACGCACGAGGUGGUCGUGCUCGAUACCGAGACACUGGAGCCCCAUGUCAUGUCCUUUCAUACCUAA